UGUGAUAAGGACUGUGAUAAAAAAGUAAAUUGUUAUCUAUAUCAUGUAUGAUAAUAUCUAAACACAUUACACAAGAUCAGUUAGAUCUAAUCUAAGGAGUAAGGAUUACUGGGAUCACACCAAGUUAGGGUAGUAGCAUCAGUAGCUAAACAAUUUUGUUUGUAACUUGUCGAACUCGUCAUGGCUCUGAGAAUGUUUUUCAAAAAUACUACGCUAAGAAGUGGAAUGUCUUUGCAAUUAAAUAAUUUAAUAUGCAAACGUGAUUCAUCGUAUCGUUCAAGUCCAAUAGCUCAAGACCCAUCGUGUUAUGCCAAGUAUGAAGUAUCAUCUUCUCCAGAAGAAUGGAAAUUUGUUGAGAGACUACUUCCGUCGACUCUCAUACCAAUACCAUCUGACAGGAAAGAUUUACCAUCAGGAUGGCAGCCACAAACAGCAACAUUUGAAAAAUAUCCUUACUUUGUUCACCGCACACGUAAUCAUAUGCUACCUGUAUAUCUUAAAAUUUCAAUGAGAGGAACAAGGCGUAUAACUCAAAUAAACAAUGUAGAUGGUAACAUAUGGGCAUUAGAAGAAGCCAUAAAGAAUCAUUUGACAAGAGUGUACGGAAAUAAGAAAAUAAUAGCUACUAAAGUACAUGAAGUAUGUGGUCAUUUAUGUAUUCAUGGGGACCAUGUGUCAAAAGUUAAUGAAUGGUUACUCAAGAAAGGUUUGUAAAGAAAAUAAUAGAAUAAGUAAAAAAAAAAUAUAUAAUAUAAAAAUGAAUUUACAAUAAAAUGUAUGUAAAAAUAAACUAAAAUUGCACUUUGACUUAA